AGUCCUCAGGGUUUCUUGGCUCCCAGCUGUAGAUGACACUAUUUUUUGCUUGCAUGACUGGUGUGUAUAGGAUUCAGUGAUCUAUUUGUGUCCACACCAGUAGCAUCUGCAAGGAAGAAGCGUCCUGUGCACACCAAAGGCACUCAACUUCUUUAUCAAGAGCUCAGGUGGUGGCCCCUCACCUGUAAGACAGUUCCUCUUUUUGUUGCUUGGAGCAUUACUAUAUACUAAGAACCCUUUUUUUCCCCUUCUUUUGUUUUUUCUUCUUUUUUUUUAAACACUUCUUUUUCCUCCUCAAGUCAGACUAAAUAGCCCUGGUCAGGGACUGAGGAAUUUGGUUUUCCUGAAUAAUUGUUUUGGGCCAUCUGAUGACUAGGGCAGUACUGCUCCUGUUUUGUUUUUUUGUUGGUGCUAUCCAUGGCAAUAAGAGCUCCUGUGUGUCUCUGCAUGAUGUCUCAGAGGAAUGCCAAUGCUUGUGAUUCUUCUUGCAUGACAAUGACUAACACUGGAAAGGAACCUGAUCCACAGAAACCUAACACUGGUGUUUCACAAGCUGAUCUCACUAGUUUCUGAGUUUGUUUUUUACGUAAAACUGUAUGGUUUUCCAAAGGACAAUUUUAGUCUGGCUUUUGCAACUGUCUACCUGUUGACUGUGGUUUCAGUAUCUUGGGCUUGCCUGCAAAUGAAUUGACACAGUAUAUGAGCUCCAUGAAGAGCCUGCCUGAGUCUCCCUGCUGUCCUGUGCUGUCGUGUCCUGCUCGCUCUGCUCUGCAGAAUUGCAGUUGCAAUCUAUAGCAAUGGUGCAAUGGAAAAGGAAGCUGAAAAAAGUUUCUGGCUUGUUCUUUUAGAUCCCCUUUAAAAUGGACUGUUGGGUGGGCCAGCUUUUUCUCUCCCAAGUGUUAUUCCAAUUCAUUUAUACUGGGGAAAAAGCAGGUUUGCUGCCAGGCAGCAUAUUUUCCAUCAGCACUUGUAAUUGUUGGGUGGCGGAGAGAGGUAGAGACUCUGGUUUCCAGGCUGGAGGGAGAGAACGUGGCCAGGGUGUGCACUGGGCAGCACUGUCAUGUGCCCAACCAUGAAUUCCAGGUUUUGCAGGGAUGUGGGCUCAGCUGUGUAAGCAAAACCUUCUGCCUGCUCACUCCUUGGGGCGGGCAGGGAGGCAGGUGGCCAACCUUCAAGCAGCUUGAGGGAUGGAGAGCUGGCCUGGGGUGUAGCUGCAGCAGGACUCUUUUUUUAGCUUGUUUAUUCUUACACACACACGUGGGCCAUGCAAAGCUUGCUGAGCCAACCUUGACCAGCAGCAAAACAAACAGGUUUUACUGCCAUGACCUGAAGGCCAGAUCAGCUGCUGAGCUUCGCUGGAGCAGGGACAGCUUUCAUUUCUGUCAAGGAGAGGAGGCUCUCAUAUAGGGCGGGCUCAAAACAAACAUUGUGCUGGGCUGCUCAGACUUCCUCAUGGACGCAGUGUUAGGAAGGCUUAUGCAAGAAAAAGAGGUGAUUUGAGGUAGCCAGCGUGGCUUGACUGAGGGCAAAUCAUGCCUGACCAAUCUGGUGGCCUUCUAUGAUGGAGUGACUGCAAUGUUUGCAAGAGAAGACAGAUUAAUGUAGACUUCUGUAAGACCUUUGACAUGAUUCCAUAAGAUAUCCUCAUCUCCAAAUUGGAGAGAAUGAAUUGGAACGGUUGAUUGUUCAGCGGAUAAGGAUUUGGCUGGAUGGACACAUCCAGAGAGUUAUGGUCAUUGGCUCUCUGUCCAGGUUAGAGACAAUCGUGUCCCUCAGGGAAUGGUGUCCUUAAUACCUGGAUCAGUGGCAUAGUGAGAUCAAGUGCCCCCUCAGCAGCUUUGCAGAUGACACGCACCUGAGUGGUGCUGUUGGUACAACAGAGGGAAGGGAUGGCGUCCAGGGAGACCUGGACAAGCUUGAGAGGUGGGCCCACAGGAGUCUCAGGAAGUUCAACAAAGCCAAGUACAAGAUGCUGCACCUGGUUUGGGGCAACCCCAGAUAUGAGGACAGACUGGGAGAACUCACUGAGAGCAGCCCUGUGGAGAAUGACUUGGGGUCUCUCUGAAUGAAAAACUGGACCAACGCAUCAAUGUGUGCCCACAGCCCAGAAAGCCAAACGUGUCCUGGGCUGCAUCCAAAGCAGCAUGGCCAGCAGGUUGAGGUAGGGGAUUCUGCCCCUCUGCUCCACUCUGCUGAGACUCUACCCGCAGUGCUGCAUCCAUCUCUGGGGCUCUCAGCACAGGAAGGACAUGUAACUCUUGGAGCAGGUACAAAGGAGGCCACAAAGAUGAUCACAGUGCUGCAGCACCUCUCCUAUCAAAACAGGCUGAGAGAGUUGUUCAGCCUGGAGGUUCUGGAGAGAUAUAAUUUUGGCCUUCCAGACCUUGACCAACCUAUAAGGCUUAGUCAAGGUCUCUGCAACAUGUACAAAGUUGAGGGAGACCCUAACUUAAACUCUCUCUUUUGAAAUUUAAAAAUUAUCUUAACAAGUGAAUCGUAUGCCCCAUAGAAGCAGUUCCUGCCCAGCAUUUAAUAGCUCCUUUCCUCCAAGCAGACACACCUGCUCUACCUCACUGGCCCUGAGCCACCACAAGACCAGACAUUGCAGGCCCUGAGGGUUUACAAAUAUCCACUGGGAUAUUACAGUGCAGAUCCAGACCUUUGGGGCUUGGGGUGUCUUUCUCCUGUGUUCAGCAGACUGUGCUGCUGCUGGUGGUGUUGUGGCACACCAGUUGAGCAGAGGCACCAGCAGCUCUGCAAGAUGGGAGGGCUGGGCAGAGCCCAUUUGCCCAAUUUGGCCUCACAGUGGAAGAUGGAAACAGAGAAGUGAAACUGUACACACUGUCUGGUCAAAGCAGGUACGUGGGAGGGAGUGAUCUGAAGGAGUUCAAGAGAGCAAGGAUGCAUCAACUUAAUGCUGAGCCAUUAAAAGGGCUUCAAACUCAGUUCAGCCCACACUGAUCAUUUCAUCAGGCUUUGGACGAGGACAGCGGGAAGGUUUGAAGUGGUGGUAACUGGAAAUGAGGGUGGUGCAUUCUUCCUCCCUAGCCCAUUUGUGUGCAGCUGGGGAAGAAGAAUGUCUCUGUUCUCUGCCUGCAACCAGCUUGUUUGGUCUUCUCCUCCUCCUGGUUGUUUCCUGUUGCAUAUAAAAUUUCUUCACUUCUCUAUCCUAAAAUAUUGUAGUUUAUCUUUUGCGGUUCUGCGUUUCACAUCUUCCUGUGCUCUUACCCUUGCUUCCUGCCUCUUCUGUUUUCUGUUUCUCCCAUUAGCUCUGUAAACCCAACUCCCCGAGCAAGUAUUUCUACCUUACAAGCUGCUUACAGAAGCUAGAUGCCUUUUCUAGACAAACCAAUCCCAGACAAAACUGUCCCAGCCCUUUCACUUAUGCAGCUGCUCAUUUGACCCUAAUCCAUUUUAAAAGGAGAGUGCUGGUGGGUGAGGAUGGAGUCAGAGGAGGGAAGUCCUUGCUUGCCGACACCCAUGGGAGAAGCAGCAUUUUAACUCUUCCCUGAUCACUUCAAACUGAUUAUUCCUGGUCUCUUGAGCUUUUAUGAUCAUUUUAUUAGACUUCCUGGCUGUGCUUCAGUGGCGGGUGACUGAAUUUAGUCUUCUCUGCAUCACGGUGAUGGUAGUAAUGCGAAGUUUAAUGAGCACCUGCAAAGCUGUGUAGCAGGGAAGGAACUGCCAUGCCCGUGGGACUCUUCCGGGUGUGCCUUCUGGUGAUUACAGCUAUUGUCAACCACCCGCUCUUCUUCCCUAAGGAGAAUGGCACCGUCCCCGAGAACACAGAAGAAAUCAUCCAGAAGAUGAAGGAGCGGGAGGAGAGCCUGCGGCUGGAGCAGUUGCGCUUGGAGCAGGAAAUCGCAGACCAGGAAGCCACACAGAAGGCUCUGGAAAAGGCUGCAGUGGUAGUGGAGGAAAGCAAAGAGGAAAAGGUCCGAUGGGAUAUGUGGACUGCCCUCUCCAUGGUCAUCUUCCUGCUGAUCGAGCUCUGGAGGCAGGAUUUCCAGGAAGGGAAUUGGCAGGACAUAGGAGGAGAAGAGGAUGACAUGGCAGUCCUGGGGAAAGCAUUUAAAGGAGUGGCCUUGCCCGACAAGGCUGUCCUGGCCAGCUUCUACGAGAAGCGUAUCCUGGGUACCACGGGAGACAUGGCCAGGAUGCGGGAGAUGGUGGAAGGCUUUGCAGAUGACCUGCUGGAGGCCUUGAGGAGCGUUUGUAACCGGGAUGCUGACAUGGAAGUGGAAGAUUGCAUGGGUGUGGGGAGCAUGUACGAGAACUGGAGAGUGCGUAAACCCUUCGUCUGUGAUCUGAUAGUGCCUUUUGCUCCCCCGGAGCCUUACUGCUUUCGCUGCCAGACCUGGUGCUCUGGUGACUCUUUUCCCCCAGAUGAACAAGGUUAUGGCACUAUCAAGGUGUGCAGGGCAGAUGAGGAUGCGCCGGGUUGCAUCUGUGACAAGACUAAACUAGGGGAAGAUAUGCUGUGCCUCCUCCAUAGCCAGGUCAGUAGUACCAGGCCCAGCAGUGAGAUGGAAGACCUCCUGUGCUUCAAAAAUACUCAAUAUCUGGAUGCUGACCAAGUCAUGAAGUGGUUCCAGAUUGCUGUCACCAAGGCCUGGAACAGAAUCUCCCACAAAUAUGAAUUUGAUCUUUCCUUCAGCCUCCUGGACUCACCAGGAGCCCUGAAGAUAAAAUUUAAAUCGGGGAAAUCGAUUGCCUUCAACCUCACCCCUGUGGUGCAGUAUGAGAACUCUGAUGUUUACUUCAUCUCCCACUUCCCUCGGAGCAGCCUGGCAGCAGACAUCCCCUCCAGCACCCACUGGUUUCUCACCUUCGCAGUGUAUGAGAGGAGGUUCAUCCAGCUGGUCUCCAAAACACUGCCUGCCAAUGCCUGCCACGUCAGCUGCCUUCAGAUCCUCUCCUUCCUCCAUGGGAAGCAGUGCAGCCUCACAGGUCCCAGCGGGCUCACCAACUACCACCUGAAGACAGUGCUGCUGCAUCUCCUGCAGGCACGUCCCAGCCAGGACUGGGCCCCAGAAAAGCUGGAGGCCCGCCUACAGGACAUGCUGAAAUUCCUAGAGAAAUGUUUGCAAGAAAAGAAGCUUUAUCACUUCUUUAUUGGCAAUGGGAAGGUGCCAGCAGAGCUGGGUUUCCCCAUCAUAUUUCAGAGGGCUGAGCCUCUCAACCUUUUCCGUCCCUUUGUGCUACGCAGGGACAUUUACAGGAAGAUGGUGGACACGUUCCACGAGAUGCUCAGGAACAUGUCUGCACUGAUCAAUGAGUACACGGUGCACAUUCCCCUUGCACACACCAAUGGGAUCCAUAAGGAACCCCUUUAACCAAAGCCAAACUCUAAGCACAAGUCCAGAGGGCAGCUUUCUGAAGCCUCCUGGAGACAACUGACUUUGCCAGUAGAGCUUCUUGUCUGAAGCUGAACCAGCCCUGGGCCAUGGUUCCUGCUGAAAGGAAGAGGCUUGGGGGGGAGAAUAGGGAGAAACUGGAAGAUGUGGUGGUGAAGUAGGUUUCUGUUCCACUGCUGUGCUUGGUUUUAUGCAGCUAAGAAUGUAUUUUUUCUAUUGUCCCUCAGUCAUGCUACAGCAGUGGUAAGCAACAAAUAUAAGUAAUUUAUUCAGAUGCCUGCAAUGCAAAUGGGGGUGGGGGUGUGAUGGUGGCCAAAUACUUCAUUUCCUUCAGAAGGGGUAGAUAAGAACAGGGUGGGGGAAGCAGAGACAGAAUCUUGGGAUCAAAGGAGCCUGUCUGCUUGCAGACGGCAAGAGCUCUUUCACCAGUUGGAAGUGCAACAUAAGUCUACAUGCUGGUGUGGAGAUGAGGAGGGUCAUGCACAAGAUCUGGACUGGAUGGAGGUCCUUAAAUAAAGCACAGCUUCAAAAGGGAACCGUAGUUAAAAAAAUAAAAAAGAAGAAGAAAAAGCCUUCUUAAUUGGACUUGCAGCAGUAACUUAAAUGGCUUGUCCUGUCCUUCAAAAAUACCUGUGCACAUUUUUUUCUCCUGUGGGAGGAUGUAGCAGAGCAGGGCCUGUGUCUUCAGACCAUUUCAUUCAAGUCUUCCAUGGUAACAUGGCUAGUGGUUUAUAUUCCUGCCCAUUUUGUAUGGAUCAAUGAACAGGAACUUUUAUUAUCUUAGCUAAAAGAAACACCACUGUUGGGUUCUGACAUUUUAGGUUGUUUGUUUUCCUUACCUUGGGCCACUAAGGCGUGAGAGCAGGCUAGAGAGAAAGGAAAAGCAGGGCUUGAACUCUAUCAUCUUUGAAGGUCCCUUCCAGCCUAAACUGUUCUGAUUCUAUGACUGCUGUAAGUUUUGCUUUCAUAAAAGAAGCAGUUCUCCAAAAUGAUCCUGUAACGAAGCCAAUCUCAGAAGUCUGGUAGCAGGAGUGAACAAUCACCCUCCAAAUGAGAGUGUGACUCUCUGCACAUGGUUUUAAUUAGGCCAAGGCCAGCAGGGAAGGAAGGGAUGAAAAAGAUGCACAUGUAGUAGAUCCGGGCAGCGCUGCUUGCAGCUGCCUUAUGAUCCAUGUUGCAUCCCUUCUGCUCCACAUAUGCAGGCAAAAGCUACUUUAUAUAUUCUAUUCUCCUCAAUCUUUUUAAAGACUGCUGCUCUGAGGACCUGCACUAGUAGACUCUAAUUUGCUGAGCCUGGAGUGGAAAGGAGGAGAGCUGCUGCAGGCUUUCAGGCCAGGGGAGAAUCUUGAGGCAUAUGCUAAAACAAAAACCAAAACAUUGCAGAAAUGGAAAUGCCUGAAAUCCCACAGGAAGCAUGUUAGAUCUGUGCCAGUGGGCUGCCCAGCCCCAGCAAGGUGGCUUUGCUGAAGGAGGGGACUCAGGAGAUCCUCACCCUCCUGAGUCUGGGGUCCAAACCAGGGCCCCAGUGCAUAACUGCUUUAUGCUAGUCCCAGAAGCCUGGCCUCCAGUGCUAGGGGGCCUUUCCUACCAUUUUCUCACACUAGGAUUUCCUGCAAAGUUUCACACUAGGGCUUCCCUUAAUCCUGUUUACAAGAGGGUGGUGGUUCUGUGAGGUAAGACCCAUCAGGGAUGCUUUUAUCAUCACUCCACAGGUCCCUUUUUAUCAAUCUUCUCUAUCACAUCAGAUAGAAGAUUCAAUCCUCUAUCACUGCUGGGAACAGCACACAGCAUGAAGCUUGUUAUCCAGCCUUAUCCAGUUCAUAAGCAAACUCUCCACAGACAUGUCUUCUCUUUCCCUUUUCCCAGUAAAAAACUGUUUCAUCACCUCAUUGGUGACUGCUCUUUUUUGUCCUGCCACCACUGAGGGACACUUCACACACAAAGGCAGAGAAAGCUGUAACUGCUGUCUCCACAUCUGGUUUAUAAGAAAGCACAGCUGGUGGCAGAGCUAUGCCCAAAGUGCUGCCUCCCUUGGCUUUAACACAGGUAGUUAAGUAGGGUCUCUGAACAGAAAGUAAGGGGUAGGUAGGAAUGGGGGAGAAGAGGCUGGUGGGUAAUGACAGUAGGAAAAGUCUUGGAUCAUCACUGCUUGCUUCAGCAUCCUUGGUGAUGAGUGCCUGGAAGACUGCCAGGAGAGCAACAGGGCAGGACUAAUUGCUGACGCUAACGAGUGCUGUAAAUCCCUGGCUUUCCUCAGUACAGCCAAGAAGGCUUUCCCCAGUAGGAAAGAGAGCAGGAGCAAUCUCAAGGGCCAUGGCAAGCAGGUAGUGACAAGCAGAGGUACAGGGAGGGUGGGUCAGUACUGGAGCCUGGAGGCUACCUCAGAAGCUGUGUAAAUUGUUUGCAAACCCAGGUGAUUUGCCAUUUUUACCUGCACAGGUUUACUGCAAAGUGCCUGUAGAAGACCCAGCUUUACAUGGACUGCUGGCAGGCAGGUCAUGCUGGAGCAGUUGUGGUUGAAGUUGCUUCUAAAUGUGCUCCCAGCCAAGCCAGAGAGAAACUAGAAUUUCUCUGCCAUUUCCUGUCAGGAGUCUAAAUUUAGACUGUCCUAAGAACAGAAACAAAUUUGUGACCCAGGUCUCUCAGGAAAUGACUUUCAGAGUUGAAAAAUAACUUUUAUAUAAGGUUGAGCAGGAGGACCAUGAGAAGAAAAAGCUGUUGAGCAGAAUAAGGUAACUCCCCUAUUAAAAUGUCAGAACAAAGCUUUGCAACACCAGUUGCAAAGGGCUUGUAAACGUGCCCAAACUCGUCUUUACACAGCCCCAAGCACUGCUGCUCAGACUCAAAGGGAACCUGAACUGAUAAGUGGAUUGAAUCUUUGUUCUUUGUUUUCUGUACUUGCAUGCCUGUUCUCUCUUAUGCCCAAACUGACCCUGAAGUAUUCCCAUGGGGUUUAGUUGAACAGAAGCUGGAGCUGAAUCAAGUAAUUUAUGGAUUUGAUUCCACUGAAAGCAAAUUGCUUGGCUUAGUUUUCCUGCAUGCAAUUUGCUCAUUUUGCCCUGAGCACCUUUAAAGUGAUCUGGUCUGUGCAUUUAGGCUGUGAGGGGACCCACUCAUACCUGUUGGGGGGAAAUGUUAUCUGUGAUUAUAAGCUGUGCUUCAGUCAGCCUCAGAGUGGAGAUCUUCCUUGCAAACCAAAGGUACAGACAUGUCCCAUCAAAGGAGAGGCUGGUACACAGUGUUUCUUUGGACCACACCUCUGCCAUGGUACAAGGAGGCCAUGAUGUGAAGCACAUCAUUCCUUGGACUUCCUUGUCUCUCCUGGAUCAAAUCUUUGCCCACCAAAUACUAGCUUAUUAGUAAAAGCCCAUGCUCACAUUUCACAAAAUAAGAUUUAUAAGACAAUUCAGUUUCAUCAGCUGCCAGCCAGUAAAAAUGUCUUAAGCCAUUUUAGUGUUGCCCAUGGGCAGUUCUGCCUUGAUUGAAAUCUGGUUGGUUAAUCACAGGAUGCAGCUUUAAAGGAUGGGAGUAGAAGUGAGAUUGUGUGGUUUAAAGUGAAAAACGUUCUUUUAAAGCCAAACUGUUUAUGACCUGAGUAACAAACAUCUCUUUGGCAGUGCCUGUAUCUCUGUGAGACAUCCUAAGGGAAGGUAAACAGCCUGUCCUGGACUUUUAAUACUGUUCUUGCCAUUUGCUAACUAGGUGAAUUCAACAGAUGAAUUCUGAGUGCCUUCCACUGGUUUCCAGCCACUCCCUGAGCCCUCAACUUGUGGCUUUAAUAUUUUAUUACAGGCUCUGUGAAGCAAUGGAAUUAGUGGUGGGUUGAUAGCAACCACUGAUCUACAGCAUAGCCUCAGGAGCCAUUUGCCCUUAGAAAAUGUCUUGGUCUAAGGUUAUUACUGCUGUACAGGAGCUGAAUGUCUUCUAAGGGGCAGUGUUGGGUGUUCACUGUUAAGUAGCCACAGAAGAGUUUCCUCUCUUUCCAAGUUGCUCUGUAUACAGGUAUAUACAGGGGUAUAAAGAUGUAGUUUAGCAGAAUGAUCCAAAAAUUUAUCCAGUAUUCAAGCAGCAGGAUUGGAUGAUUGUUCACCAGCCAUUUUUAAUGCAAAGUCUUUGCAGUGUUUUCUCUGUGGUGAAGAAAUGAGACUUUAGGCACCUGUAACAGCUUUGUUGCUGCUCAGUGAGGAGUUGUCUCUCAUAGAACCUACCUGGUAAACAGCUUUAUUUAUUACUUGUCUUUUUUUAGAAUUGGGGAGGGGUCUAUGUGUAACAUGUUAGCGCAGAAGCAAAACUGUAGUACAGAGAUGAACCUUGGCAAUGCAGCCAAGAUGGGCAAUAACACCAGAACUCUCCAGACUAAGGUCUUCCUUGAUGGACAAUGCUGUACUUAAACCGCUGCUUCUAUAGCAGGACACUGUUGAAUUUGUAUAGAUCUUCUCAUGCAGCUUUAUUUAUAAUAAAGGAAGUCUUGUACAAAAUCUAAA